UCUUAUUCCAGUGCAGCCAGAGCAAGCUCUGAGGCCAGAUCCACUGAGCCCAACUUGCACCUGCACCCACACCUCCCGGUUGCCCUCUCCCUACCCUGAGCUUGACCUUUCUGAAGGCAUCAUGUCUGUACCCAAGGGUGCUGGGAAUCCCCAGCUAACCACCACUGUCAAGCUGGACCUUGUGUCUCCUGAGAGUCUCAUGAAUGGCAGCUCCUCAGAGUCAUCAAAGAAGACCAAGGGCAUAACGGGGUUCCAGACAUUGGUUCAUCUGGUCAAAGGCAACAUGGGCACAGGGAUCCUGGGGCUCCCCCUGGCUGUGAAGAAUGCAGGCAUCUUGAUGGGCCCACUCAGUUUGCUGGUGAUGGGCCUCAUUGCUUGCCACUGCAUGCACAUCCUGGUUAGGUGUGCCCAGCGCUUCUGUCACAGACUCAACAAGCCCUUCAUGGACUAUGGGGACACAGUGAUGCACGGACUGGCUUCCAGUCCCAACGCCUGGCUACAAAACCACGCCCACUGGGGGAGGCGUGUCGUGAGCUUCUUCCUUAUUGUCACCCAGCUGGGUUUCUGCUGUGUCUACAUUGUGUUUCUGGCGGACAAUUUAAAACAGGUAGUAGAAGCCGUUAAUGGCACAACUAUCAGUUGCCACAACAAUGAGACGGGAGUUCUGACACCCACCAUGGACUCAAGACUCUACAUGCUCACCUUCCUGCCUGUUCUGGGCCUUCUGGUCUUCAUCCGGAACCUCCGUGUCCUCACUAUCUUCUCCCUGUUGGCCAACAUCAGCAUGCUGGUCAGCCUGGUCAUCAUCGCCCAGUACAUCAUCCAGGGAAUUCCAGAGCCCAGCCACUUGCCACUGGUCGGAAGCUGGAAGACCUACCCUCUCUUCUUUGGAACAGCCAUUUUUUCAUUCGAAAGCAUUGGCGUGGUCCUCCCUCUGGAAAACAAGAUGAAGGAUGCCCGCCGCUUCCCAGCCAUCCUGUCUCUGGGGAUGUCCAUCAUCACCGCCCUGUACAUUGCCAUCGGGGCGCUGGGCUACCUGCGGUUUGGAGAUGACAUCAAAGCCAGCAUCACUCUUAACCUGCCCAACUGCUGGCUGUACCAGUCAGUCAAGCUGCUGUACGUUGUCGGCAUCCUGUGCACCUACGCCCUGCAGUUCUACGUCCCAGCGGAAAUCAUCAUCCCCCUUGUGGUCUCCCAGGUGUCAAAGCGCUGGGCACUGCCCGUGGACCUGUCCAUCCGUCUCGCCAUGGUCUGCCUCACAUGCAUGCUGGCCAUCCUCAUCCCUCGCCUGGACCUGGUCCUCUCCCUGGUGGGUUCCGUGAGCAGCAGCGCGCUGGCCCUCAUUAUCCCGCCCCUGCUGGAGGUGACCACCUACUACGGGGAGGGCCUGAACCCCCUGACCAUCACCAAGGAUGCCCUCAUCAGCAUCCUGGGCUUUGCGGGCUUCGUGGUGGGGACCUACCAAGCUCUGGAUGAGCUGAUCGAAUCCGGGAACUCUCUCCUCCUGUCUAACUCCACUAUGUUUACUCAGUGACACAGCCUUUUCUCACCCACGGUGACUUACGUUGUCUUUAUAUUGUUUCACUUCGCCUUUUCUCUGGCCCAAGACAUGAAAAAACAGGACUCACCAGACACAUUAAAAAAAAAAAAAAGUUAGCUGGGCCACAGGCAGAUCUCAGUGAGUUUAAAACAGCCUGGUCUACAAAGCAAGUCCAGGACAGCCAAGGCUACACAGAGAAACCCUGUCUCGGAAAACAAAACAAAAAACGUUGGCCACUCUCUAGUUUUCCACCUAGUUCAGAGCUCUCCUGUGGAAGCCACCCUCACCAUCUGCUAAUUUCAUACCUUUAGUGGAGC